GGUUACCUUUGGCACCAUCAACAAGUCAACUAGCAUACACGAUUUUAGCAGAUACGAAUGAAAUUUCCGUCUAUACCUAAUGCUAAUAGCAUUAUUCAUGGAUGUACUUAAGGCUACUUGACUAAGGGUAUUUUAAAAUAAGGAGCUAUGGUUAGCUACUAAACAUCCUGUAUUAACAUUGAAAACUGAAUUGGAGCGCUUCCAUGUUGGGAUAUGUUGUUAGUUAGCAUCGGUUGUGGAGAGUAAUUUGUCAAGGCGCUUGAUACAGUGAUGGACUCGAACAAUCUUCUAUCUCUAGAAUAUUCGUUCAGUAGUUCCCUGGUUAGUCUGAGGCGGUCAGUCUCAAGAGAGAUUUCCGCUUCUGUUUCUAAAAUACGACGGCAGUUCCUAUGUGUUCAGAGCGAAUUUAAUAAUGAGAUUUCUCGCUUACGUGAACAAAAUAAAGCUCUCGUUCGAACUUUGCAGCAGAUGGAGGAAAUGAUAAAAGGAAAAGAAAUUGAAAUAUAUGGGUUACGCCAUCAAUUGCAAAGCUUCUCGGCUGGGCGAGGUGUGUGUUCUAAUUGCUCUGGAGAUUCUAUCCAAGCUAGAAACACUUUAGUAAGAAACACUGUCUUUAACCCAACCAAGAAACGCCCGCUUACGACAAUUUCAUCGUCGUUAUCAGAUGGUUUGUCGGAAUCCAGUUUAAAUAGUCAUAUUCAGCAGCCCAUAAAAAAACGUCCAUAUGUGCUGGAGAACGAUGUUGAAAGCGCCGAUGUAGAAGACAUUAACAACAUAACACCAAAAGGUGUUCGCAAAUCCCCUUCUGGAGCACCUGAUGAGAGUCAAUGUGAAGACGAAGUAUCCAAAAGCGAAUCUACAACACUAACUAACAGCGUUUUCCCUGUCGGUUCCCUUAGCCCACCAUCACAAAUUUAUGAUGCUUCCUUAGCAGUAAAAAAUGCAAUUAAUCACAACGAUCUGGCUGAUUACGAUGCUACUCACAGGGAUUCUUCUAUGUUGGAUAUGUCAGGUGCAAAUAAUGGAGGGAACAUGUUAGAGUCUCCAAGUACUAACCGGACGGGACCUAUUGGCGCAGAAUUUAUUCCAGGUAUUAGAAACCCUAACAAAUUAAUAUCAGCGAACGGCCCUGACCAGGUUCAGGUUGUCUGUCAUCGACCAAAACGUACACAUCGACCAUCUUGUCGUUACUUUCAUCGUACAUUUUCCAGUAAAGAAAACAAGCAAGAAAAACAGAAAUCUGAUGAUACCGGUGAUGACAUAAGUCUGCCUUCUGGUUUUCUCGAAUCCGAAACAUCAGUUCAUUUACCACCAAAAUCCAUUACUAACGAUGCAUCAACAAAGCACAAACGUAAUAAAGCGAAAUCUCACUUCCCAUCUAUUGGUGGUUCACCGACCCGUGAUGAGUCAAACUUCAAGUUUCCACUUCCUCCACAACGUACAACCUUGGUUGCAAAAAAAACACUUUCUGUUGCAAAUAGCGUUGGUGUAAUGUGUCUUAAUCAGACUGAUACGAACGAUGCGUCUGAAAAGUCUGAUAUGGAUCAAGAAAAUAGUGAUGAGAAUAUCGUUUACCCGUGUGACCUUUGUGAUCAAGUCUUUAAAUAUAAACUUGCUCUUUAUAGUCACAAAAAAUGUGCUCAUCGUGCUAAGCCUACUAAAAAAUCUCAUGGAAAAUCAGUCAAUCGAACAUCACCAUCAACACCAGAUGGCUUUUGGAAUAUUGACCUAGAACAACAUGACAAGGAAAAGGAGAAUGUUCCGGUUACAAAUACGACUGAUACUGAAGUGAAUAUUCAACACUCUUCCCGCCGCCGUCGACCUUUAAACUUUCCCUCAUUCGAAAUAUCUCCCACACCAAUUUAAUAAGAUUUACAUGUAAUUGUUUCCCACUGUUGUUUUUAUCGACUUUUUAUCAUUUGAUUAACAAACCCGGUAAUCGUAUAUUCGUAACUUGUUUUUUUACACAUUUCUACAAAAUAAAUUAUCUACAUUUUUAUUUUUGUUACCUGUUAUUCUGGUGAUUUUCAUUAAUUAUCAACUCAUUGUUCAAUCUUUUGUAUUUAACUUUAUCUCUUUAUUCACGUAUUAGCGUCUUAUCCAAUCCUGGGCUAUCCUGUUCAAUGAUGAAAUACCUCCAUUUUUAAAAAUCUCAAACAUCUCCCGAUAAAAUAUUAUUCGAGGAACUCUAAGUGAACCAACCAAACAACUGGAUCUGAACGUUCAUAACUGUCCUAUUGGUAUUAUUAUCCUCAAUGAUCCAAAUUGUUUUAACUAGAUGAAAAUUUUUAUUUGUAUAAUCAGACAGACAUCCAAGCAAUACAAUGACUGAAUGAACUAAGAAUAUACAUUGAGUGAUGUGUAUUAGAAUCACAUCAAAUGUCUCGCAUAUAUAGGUCAGUGAACUAAUCCUUUGAGAUAAUCCAAAGUCUAUUCAGAGACAUAAAUGUACACUGAUAGACGUUUAGAAUUAUCCACGUACUUACUCCUUUUACCUCUCAUAGAACAUAGGCCACUGGCCAGGAUUCUCCAACUAACUCUGUUCUAGGCUCUCCUUCCAUUUGUUUCCAAGUGCUAUUCCAUUCACUUUAUGUCUGCUUUUGAUUCUCGGCGUGAUGUGUUCUGUGAUCUGCCUCAUUUACUCUUGUCUUCAAGAUCCCCAGUUAGGACUCGUCUCAUAAUACAGUUUGAUUUCCUAUAUAUAUAUAUAUUUUUUUUCCUAUCACC